AUGACGCCCAUUUUAUUCUUGGUACUACUGUAUAACUUAAUAACCAUUGUCUAUGGAUCACACUUUCUUGGCGGUACCAUUACAUGGCAUCCUUUGAAUGAAUCUGCCACUGGAUCACCAGUAGCGAUUGUAAUAACUCAGACCUAUUCAUGGACAUAUUCACUGAUUCCAUGCACUGCAGCCCAAAUUACUGCCGGUCAAUUGAUUCCUGUUGGUACUUAUACUUAUCUAAACACUCAAACACUUGAUUGCAUAAGUAAUUGCAAUCCUGGCGCAACUGGUUACGUUGCUCCACUUGUUCGACCACAAUGCACGGAUAUUUCAGCACCGGUUGGUACCACUGUUGGACAACGUUCCGAUACUGUCUAUUUGUCAGUUGGCAGAGAUUUUUCUGCUGCUUUUCAGCAAAAUGCAUGGCGUCCAUUAGCAACAGCUGGAAGUGCUGACUGGUCGAUCUCAACACACAUCAUUAUCAAACCAAGAACCGAUAAUGGUCUAUAUAACAGUGCUCCUGUAGCGAUUAUGAUGUCUCCGAUUGAAAUUCCUGUUAAUCAGCCAACAGUUAUUACAGUACCUGUAGCUGACGCCGACGGUGAUCCGACACGUUGUCGAUGGGCGACAUCGUCAAAUGGUGUUGAUGAAUGCGGUGGUGUAUGCCCGCCCAGUUCACUACCAUCAGGCACUGUCAUCUAUCCGAAUUGUACUAUUAUCAUCACUGGUCGUACUGUUAACGACUGGUUUGCAGUGACAAUAAUGGUCGAAGAUUUUAUAUCUUCAACAAGCACUACUCCACUCAGUGCAGUACCCGUACAAUUUCUUGUUCAUGUUGUUGGCUCAUCACCAUGUGCUUAUGAUCCAGAAAUUAUUGGAACCCCACUCGAAGACGCCUGUAUACCUAUAACAGUCGGUCAAACAUUCAACUCGCUUUUGAUUGCAAUCAACAAUUGUGGACCAAGUGUAACUAUUGACGAUAUUGCGACAUUAUCAUUUCCUGGUAUUGCCAAAGGAAAUCUCGUCAAAUUCAACACGUCAACUUACUACAAAACGCUUUCAUGGACACCAACAUCAUCUCAAAUUGGCUAUCAAGUUAUGUGUGCAAUGGCUUUCGAUAGUCAAAAUGCACAAUCAGCACAAUUUUGUUUCAAAUUGUACGUUUCAAAAAAUGGUGUCUGCGCUUGUCCUGGUGAUAUUUGCACCACCACAACGACAACAACGUCGACUAGUGCUACAACUUCUACCGCUACUACAAGCACAUCAACGACAACUUCUAGUGCAACAACUUCAACGACAUCAACUACUUCAACAACUUCCGUAACAACGACAACUACUUCAACAAGCACAACAUCAACCACCACGACAACUUCGACAACAUCGACAACAACAACAACGACAACAUCAACAACGACAACAACAACAACAUCAACAUCAACGACGACAACAACAACAACAUCAACAACGACAACAACAACAACAUCAACAACAGCAACAACAACUACGAACGCAAACACGGUCAAUUGGCCAGUAAUUGGCAGCAUGCUUGGCUUGGCUCUACUCGGAUUAUUGGCUUUGAGUUGUUGCCUUUGUUGGUGCUAUUGCUGUCGCCGAUUUGUUCUCAGUAGUGUAUUAGAACGUACAGGCGUUUUUGAAUUCUACUAUAUUGAUCGAUGCACUAAUCGAAAUUGUCCUUGGCACCAUAUUUCGGAUAACAGUGAUGCUCUUGCUGUAGUCAGUCCGGACUGUGUUAGUUAUAAUUUGUUGAACGAGAGUACGAGUAAUUGGAGCAAAACUCAAUUAUUACCAUUAAACCAAUCAGCAAAUACAGCAACAUAUUCUCGGGAAACUUCACAUCAAUCGGUUAUAAACAGUAGUCAAAAUGACGGUUCAUUAUGCCUGUCGAGCGGUCGUUCACAACGAAAGCUGACUCCCAAUGUAUUAGUUUCGAAAGUCCGAAUGACAGAACGUCCACUCAGCGAAGCCAAUCCAGGUAUCAAACCACCAAUUCUUCAACCAGACGAUGAUUCAAUUAGUUUUUCUCGAGUCCAAUCGGAAGCACGUGAUCAUGUAAAAGUAUCUCGUAUUAACUCGAGUGCAACGGGACGACAACGUAGUUCGAGUGUUUUAUUAUCAUCAUAUAAUGUCCCAAAACCUAUUGAGGAUACGAAAUUGAGAAGCAACAGCGUUGAAACUGUUCAUUGUGUUCGAGUAAAUCGAAUACAAACGGCACAAGUGACACAAAAAGAUUCAUUUUCAUCACAACAUCUUCGUCAAUCGAUUAUUGAUAGUACGAUUCGAUUGGAUGACAUUGACAAAAUUCGAAAAUCGGCGCAUCUAUCAUCGAAAACUGAGAAACAUAAAGUACAAGUGAAGCAUAUAUCAUCUUCAGCUGGUCAAAAAAUGUCGACGAAUGAACGACGGCCAUCAGAAAUUGACACUAUAGAUUUGUCACUUUCCCAUCCCAUGUCACCAAAAUCUACUAUUCAUGUUGAACGCGUAUCAGCAAGCAAGAAAAGACCGAAAUUGAACAAGAACAGUGCUCCUCUUGGGUCAAUUACUGAAGAGACACAGAGCAACAAAAGAUCUCAAACAGUACACGCUCAUUCUAGUGUUACUGUCAAAAAAAUAUCACGAGAAAACACCUCUUUACCAUUAACACAUCACUAG